AUGCCAAAGCGAACGUUGGCAGCAGAUUACACCAUACCACAGGCUUUGGAAGCCGAUUUAAGACGAGAAGAUGAAAAAACUUUUGUGGAUACCCCACAACUCAAGGAUACUUUAAAGCAAGACCGAUAUCAAAAUCGUCGAUUUGAUCGUAAAAUCGACAUGCAAAUGGACCGUAUAGAAACUUACAGAGACCGCAUGGAAGUAAAUGACCUUGAAAGAGAAGAGAAACGGGUACAAGGAAUACUAGAUGAACAAUCUGCUUCUACACAAAAGAUGAUACUACCUCGCCAACGAAAAAUACGAUGGGAUGUGACUCCAGAACAAUACGAAGCACGAAAGAAGGAGGAAGAGCAGAGAAUAGGUGAAGACGAACAUCCGUCUGACCAAGAAAAGGCCCUAAUUGCAAAUGUUCCCAUUAUUGGUGGUGUUCCAUUGACUGAUGAGGUACUCGAUUUAAUUCUUCCCUCAGGCUAUGUUGCUGUUAAACCACCCAAAGACUACCAGCAGGACAAGAGCAUUGCCGUGGACAUCAAUGGGGAUGCUGGGUACUAUAUUCCUCCCUCGGAUGGCCAGCAGGACCGCAAGCAGGCACUUGAGUCUCUACCUCCCAAAGAGUUGGCUGAUGGUCUCGAAUACUUUAAAGAGGAAGAUAUGAAGCAUUUUGGUAAGCUCACUCAAGCUGGAACAGAGGCUACAGCAGAGGAGAGAAAAGAUACUCAGGCUAUGAAGCUUAUUCUUAAGAUAAAAAAUGGUAAUCCUCAGGUACGAAAGAAAUCGAUGAGACAAAUUUCUGAAAAUGCAACCUACUUUGGUCCCAAGAUUCUUUUUAGCAAAAUCUUGCCAAUAAUUGUUGAACCAAAUUUGGAAGACCAUGAGAGGCAUGUUCUCGUUAAAGUUAUAGGGAGAAUAUUGCAGAGAUUGGGCUCAACCGUUCGUCCUUUCACAUUCAAGAUAGUUGUGCUGAUAUCAACACUAUUGAUCGAAGAAGAUUUUACCACAAGGAUGGAAGCUAGGGAAAUCCUUGUCACAUUAACCAAAGCAGUUGGACUUGCAAAUAUGAUUUCAACUGUGAGACCGGAUCUUGAUCAUGUCGACGAGUACGUUCGAAAUUUAGCAUCCAGGGUAUUUGCAAUAGUAGCCUAUACAUCUGGUCUUGCUCAGUUCCUUCCAUUUUUACGAGCCGUGAUAAAAUCUAAAAAGAACUGGAUGGCAAGACACACGGGAAUGAAGAUUGUCCAACAAUUAUGUAUCAUACUUGGUGGUGGAAAUGGAGCUGCAAUUCUCCCAUAUUUGUCUCAACUAGUGAACGCAAUCACUCCCGGAUUAACUGAUGAGAAUCUAAGCGUUCGAAGCAUCACCGCCCUCACAUUAGCACAACUUGCCGAAAACGUGAAACCCUACGGUAUUGAGUACUUUGAACCAGCCUUGGAACCUGCUUGGCUGGGUCUCCGUAAGCAUAGAGGAAAGGGCCUUGCAAGUUUUUUGAGAUGUAUAUCCUCGAUCAUUGCGUUGAUGACGUUCGACCCCAAUUACGAAGAAUACUCAAACUACUACACAAAAGAGAUUAUGCGAAUCAUUGUUCGAGAAUUCAAUUCUCCUGAUGAGGAUAUGAGGAAGUCGAUUCUCCGGAUCAUGAUCGCACUUCCUUUGUCAAGGCAGCUCAUUCCAAAAUACAACACAGAAAUAAUCGAACCAUUCUUGAAAUUUUUUUGGAACAGAAAAACAGCAAGUGAUUCAAAGACACUAGGAAGAUUUGUUAUUGAUGCUACCUGUCUGUUGGCAACAAAGUUUGAUUUCUUGGAUAUGUUGGAGAACAUUGUGAUUUAUACCAAAGAUGAAAACGAAAAUUUACGAAUCAUGAGCAUGGGUGCUAUCAGUAAGAUGAUAUCAUCUGACCCCGAAGAGUUACUUGGAAUCGAUUCCCAGUUGGAAGUACAACUAGUCGAUGGUGUCCUUUACGCUUUUCAGGAACAAUCUGUGCAGCCUAAAAUUUAUCUUGAAUCAUUUGGAGCCGUUGCCCUAGCCUUGGGUUCUCGACUUCGUCCUCACAUCAAUUCCAUUACAAGUACAAUUUUGUUCAGGUUGAAAAACAAACUUCCUGAAAUAAGAGAGCAAGCAUCUGAUUUGAUAACGAUCAUUGCUCCAGUCAUUAAAGACUGUUCUGAUGGAGAUUUGAUUUUGAAGUUGAUUUUGAUUUUGUAUGAAUCUCUAGGCGAGGUUUACCCCGAUGUGUUGGGUUCAAUACUUAAUGCUCUUUACCUGUGCAUCCUGUGCAUGGAAGAAGCAGCAAUAUACUCAAUGUCCAAUCCAUCAUUGAAUCAGCUCUUGCCCACUUUAUCACCAAUCAUGAGGAAUAGGCAAGAGAAAGUUCAAGAAGCUUGUAUCAAGCUUGUUGGGUUGAUUGCAACUAAGAAUGCGGAAACAAUCAAUGCCAAAGAGUGGAUGCGUAUCUGUUUUGAGCUCUUGGAUAUGCUCAAAAGUCAAAAGAAGAAAAUACGGGUAGCCGCCAAUGAAACGUUUGGUCAUAUUUCGAAAACAAUUGGUCCACAAGACAUUAUUGUUAUGCUCCUUAAUAACCUUAAAGUUCAGGAGCGGCAGCUCAGGGUUUGUACAGCGGUUGCUAUCGGGAUAGUGGCCGAAACCUGUGGCCCAUUCACUGUUUUACCAGCAUUGAUGAACGAAUACAGAACUCCAGAUAAUAAUGUUCAAAAUGGUGUGUUGAAAGCAUUGAGUUUUUUGUUUGAAUACAUCGAUGGUAACAUGACAAAAGACUAUCUAUUUGCUAUCACACCUUUGUUGGAAGAUGCCUUAACUGAUAGGGAUCAGGUACAUCGACAAACGGCUGCAUCAGUCGUCAAGCAUAUGGCUCUAAACUGUAUUGGUCGCACCAACGAUGGGUACUAUGAUGUUUUCAUGCAUCUUCUCAAUCUUGUUGUACCCAAUAUCCUCGAGAGCUCACCACAUGUCAUUAGUCGUGUGUUAGAAAGUAUGGAUGGUUUAAGGUGUGUGUUGGGGGUGGGUAGUUUUGCCAAUUACCUUUGGGCAGGUUUAUACCAUCCAGCAAGAAAAGUUCGAGAACCAUAUUGGAAACUUUACAAUAGUGCCUACAUGCAAAAUAGGGAUGCUCUUGUUCCAUAUUAUCCUUCCUUGAACAAUAUUGAUGGCUAUGAAAUCCCCGAAUUAAAUAUUACCAUAUAG